GUUGCGCUAGCCCGGCUCUUCGCCCCGCCGCGGCAGCCGAGCGGUCCAGGUGCGCGGCCCGGCCGGAUCCCGCAGGCGCUGGGCGCGGGCGAGGCGGCCGUGGCCAUGGAAGAGGCCCCUCUGUUCGGCGGGAUGCCCGACCCCGAGGACGAGAUGGUGACGGGGCUUUUCAGCCCCGACAGUCCGUUCGCGCCGGAAAGCCUGGCGCCGAAGCCGCCGGUGGCGGUGAAGCACGAGGAGGACGAGUUCCACGUCCUGAAGGACGCGUACCUGAGCGCGGCCGAGCCCAGGGAGCCGCUGCUGCGCGCGUUCAGCCCCGCGCUGGGCGCGGACUGCACGAGCGAGGUCAAGGUGGAGCUGCUGGCGGACGCGGACGAGGAGCCGCUCCUGGGGGAGUACCCCGGGCUGCCCGAGCUCAACCCGCUGGACGACGCCGCGCUGCCCGCCGCGCCCGCCUACAACGUCCACUUCCUGUCCUCGCUGCUGCCGCCCCGCGGUCCCGCCGUCGUGCCCCUGGGCGCCUGGGCCAGGGAAGGAGCCGCCCACCCCGGCGUCCGGGUGAUUCCAGUUGAAAUAAAGGAAACAGGUGGUACUAUUACAAGCAACAACCCGGAGGAAGCAACUCUUCAGAAUGCUCUUGCUCAGGAAUCCUGCUGCAAGUUCCCAUCAUCCCAAGAACCAGAGGACGCCUCUGGUUGUUCUUAUAAGAAAGACUUGAACCCAAUGGUGAUAUGUCAGUUGAAAGGGGGUACACAAAUGCUGUGUAUAGACAAUUCUGGCACAAGAGAACUAAAAGCACUUCAUUUGGUUCCUCAGUAUCAAGACCAAAAUAAUUAUCUACAGUCAGAUGUCCCUAAACCAAUGACUACUUUAGUAGGAAGAUUUUUGCCAGUACCAGCAAAAAUAAAUCUCAUAACACAACAACUUGAUAACGGAGCCUUACCCUCGGUAGUCAACGGAUCUGCUUUCCCCCUGGGACCAACUCUUCCAGGACCGCCGAAAAUAACUUUGGCUGGGUACUGUGAUUGCUUUGCCAGUGGGGACUUUUGCAACAACUGCAAUUGUAAUAAUUGUUGCAACAAUUUGCGUCAUGAAAUAGAACGUUUUAAAGCCAUUAAGGCAUGUCUUGAUAGGAACCCAGAAGCUUUCCAGCCAAAGAUUGGGAAAGGAAAACUGGGCGACGUGAAGCCCAGACACAACAAAGGAUGCAACUGCAAGAGGUCGGGCUGCCUUAAGAAUUACUGUGAGUGCUACGAGGCCAAAAUUAUGUGUUCUUCUAUUUGCAAAUGCAUUGGUUGCAAAAAUUAUGAAGAAAGUCCAGAACGAAAAACUCUAAUAAACAUGCCAAACUAUGUGGAGAACGGAGAUCUGGAAGGCAGCCAUCAUUUGUCACCAACUAAAUUUUCAGGACUUCCAAAAUUCAGAAAAGAUAGGCCACCUUCCCCGUGCAUCUCCUGGGAGGUGGUGGAGGCCGCCUGCGCUUGCCUGCUGGCCCGGGGCGAGGAGGCAGAGAGAGAGCAGUGCUCCCAGUGCCUGGCGGAGCAGAUGAUCCUGGAGGAAUUUGGAAGGUGCUUGUCACAGAUUCUCCACAUCGAGUUUAAAUCCAAGGGCUUGAAAACUGAGUAGAGUACAGUGUAGCAACAUGCGAACGCAUGUCCCUUUUUCUCAGCAUUCUGAGGGAAGGCUGAGUUUAGCAAGGUUGUCCUGGCACGAGGCCAGGUCCGCAGCAACGACUGCGUGGUUAAAGCCAGGCUCCCUCUGCAUCGUGGGCCUGCUGAGUUUACACGGAGCUCUCUGAAGGAUGUGAUGACAGAAACUCCCUUUUUUUGAGGAAAACUCUGACGUGAGCAUUAUUUGGCUGGCCGGGAGGAGCGAGCUUGGGUUCCUGUAGUCUGGAGAGAGUGUCUGGGUGCGCGUGAGUGAUGGAAUCGAAGCGGGCCCUGGGGAGAGUUCACGCCUGUUGACUCAUCCCCUCCGGGGACUUCUCCUCUCGAGGCUGCCUGCACAAAAACUCUAGUGGUUUCUUGUUUGUUUGUUUGUUUUUCAAAUUAUUUAGAAAUAAGUUCUUCGGAUGGUCUUUUAUGAUGUAAUUUAGAAUCCCUAGAGAACUACUGAAUAUCCGAAGGAUUUCUGUAGUGUAGACGUUCCCCCGAGUUGCACGUUCAGCCCUUUCUGAGGCCGCGCAAAACACCGGCAGUGGCCACGCUGGCCAGGCUGGCAGCAGGAGUGUCCUGAGUCACGGGACUUAAAGUUACCUAGUUUGUCAUGUGCUUCUAUUUGAAUUGUGGAAAUCAUAUUAUCCAAUUGACGGCUCCAUAAUUAUUGUUAUAAUAUUAAUAUUGUUUGUAAAAUAUUGUUAAAAUAACUAGCUUGCAGAAACCAGCAGGUAAGAUUGUUAAGUUGACUCUUUUGGUUCUAUUGUAAAACAAAGAUGAAUAAAAAUUUCCGACGCCUUCAA